GGAGGAGGGCGGUGAGGAGGGGACGGCGGGCAGAGGCGUCAUGGCGCGCGGCGAGGCCAAGAAGAAGAAGAAGAAGGGACCGCCGCCCUUUGACCCCGCGCGGCCCUGGGGAGCCCGGCCCGAUGAGGACGACGGCGAGGAGGAGGAGGAGGACGACGACGACGACGACGACGGGCGGGGCCGGGGCGGGGGCCGGGAAGGCUUCUGCCUGGAGGAGGUGCUGCGCCUCGGGGGCACCAAGAGCGACUAUGUCAUGCUCGCCGCCCUCAACGAGACCGAAGAACUCGUGGACGGGGGUAAGAAAGGAACGAUCGACGAUUUCCGGCCAGGCGAACUGGAAGCAUUCGUCAAAAGUCUAGGCGUGAGCAAAUAUGCAGAUAGUAUGCUCUUGGAGGAUGAUGAGCAGCCAGCGGAGAAAGACAAACCCAGCAAGCAGAAAGCCAGGCCAUCCUCCCUAGAAGGCAACAGAGGAGGCCCAGCGGAAGUCAGCAAGGCAGAGAUGAGUAAAGUCGGAAAAGGCCAGAAGCCCGCGCAACCGACGGACGAGCCCCGCGGCAGCAAUAAGGCAACGGGGAAGAAAGACAAGGAGCAGGACGUCUUCGAGUUCUGCGCAAGGCAGACCUUGCUGAUCAAACCAGGAGGCAAAUGGUACGAUCUGGAUUACACCGGCGAAUUUUCUGCAGAGCCGCAGGAUCCCGUCGCGGUGUCCAAGUACGGGGUCCUGGCCCAGCGGCUCUACCAGCACGAGACGGAGUUAUUUAAGAGCAAGGCCAGUCUUCAGAAAGGAGGCUCGGCUACCUGGAUGAAAACCAUAGUGUCCUCCGGGACCCUAGGGGACAGAAUGGCAGCCAUGACUCUCCUCAUCCAGGACGGCGCCGUCCACACGCUGCAGUAUGUGGAAAUCCUGGUGAAUCUCAUCAAGAAGAAAGGGAGCAGGCGGCAGAGCCUAAUGGCCUUGGGUACCCUGAAAGAUCUGCUCAUCUCCGACCUCUUGCCGGACCGUCGGAAGCUCAGGACUUUCUCUCAACGUCCCUUCGCCGGGCUCGAGGCGCUGUCCGGCGGCAACCGGGAGACGCGGGAUCGGCGGCUGCUGCUGUGGUAUUUUGAGCAUCGGCUGAAACACCUGGUGGCCGAGUUCGUGCAGGCGUUAGAAACGUUGAGCCACGACUCCCUGGCGGCCACUAAGAUGCGAGCCAUCUCCGUGGCCCACGAGCUGCUGUGCAACAAGCCCGAGGAAGAGAAGGCCUUCCUCGUCCAGCUGGUCAACAAGCUGGGCGACCCUCAGAACAGGAUAGCCACCAGGGCGUCUCACCUCCUGGAGACCUUACUCUUUAAGCAUCCCAACAUGAAAGGAGUGGUGUGCGGUGAGGUGGAGCGGCUUCUCUAUCGCGUGAACGUCAGCCCCAAAGCCCAGUACUACUCGGUUUGCUUCUUAAAUCAAAUGGCCUUCACCCACGAGGAGAGCGACCUGGCCAACAAAUUGAUCACGCUUUACUUUUGCUUCUUUCGGAGCUGCAUCAAGAAGAAAGACAUCGCGUCUAAAAUGUUGAGCGCCCUCUUAACGGGCGUGAAUAGAGCCUACCCUUACGCCCAGACCAGCGACGACAAGGUGAAGGAGCAACUGGACACUCUCUUCAGAGUCCUCCACGUGGUGAAUUUUAAUACAAGUGUCCAGGCCCUGAUGUUACUCUUCCAGGUGAUGGAUUCUCACCAGGCGAUAUCGGACCGGUAUUACGCAGCGUUGUACAAGAAGUUGUUAGAUCCAGGGUUGGCAUUUUGUUCUAAGCAGUCCAUGUUCCUUAAUCUUCUCUACAAGUCGCUAAAAGCUGAUGUGGUGAUACGCCGUGUAAAGGCUUUUGUGAAGAGAUUGCUUCAAGUCACCUGUGGUCAGAUGCCGUCCUUCAUUUGUGGAGCCUUGUAUCUUGUGUCUGAAAUCCUGAAAGUGAAACCAGGUUUACAGACUCAGCUGCAGGAUCACCCGGAACGUGAAGAAGAAGAAAACUUUCAAGAUGUGGCGAACGUUGGCAGCGACGAUGAUGACGAUGGCAUAGAAAAGUUCACAGAUGCCGAUAAAGAACCGGAAGAAGCUGAGACGAAGGCGGAAAGUCACACUGAGGCAGGCGGCACAGAAUCUGCUUCCUGGGUGCAUCUGGAGAAUCUGAAAGGUAGAAAAGAAGUAAGUAGCUAUGAUCCACUGAGUAGAAAUCCCUUGUUCUGUGGAGCUGAUCACACCAGUCUCUGGGAACUCAAAAAGCUUUCUGAACACUUUCAUCCAUCUGUGGCCCUCUUUGCAAAAACAAUCCUACAGGGGGAUUAUAUUCAGUAUUCGGGGGACCCUCUGCAAGACUUCACCCUAAUGAGAUUCCUGGAUCGAUUUGUGUAUCGAAAUCCUAAGCAACAUAAAGGCAAAGAGAACACCAGCAGUGCUAUAAUGCAGCCAAAGAAGAAACAAUUUAUGACUGAUAAGCAUAGUCUUGCUGUGAACAGUAAGGAAUUCCUUGCCAAGGAAGAAAACCAAAUUCCAGUGGAUGAAGUGUUUUUCCACAGGUACUUUAAGAAGGCUGCCAAAGAAAAACGAAAACGUCCCACGGAUGACGAAAGCGUGGAAGAUGUCGAUGACGACGAAUUUGAAAGGAUGCUUGACUCAGUCGAAGACGAUAAUUUUAACACUUGCAAGAAUGACCUUGAUUUCGCGAGUCACGUGAAGAAGAAACCCAAGAGGGGCAAGAAAAACAAAGGCCAGGAAUCCGACUCGGAAGAGAGCGACGACGACGACGACGACUUGAACGAGUUGGACGACGAAGAGGUCUCCUUGGGCAGUAUGGACGAAGAUUUUGGGGAUGAAGUUGACGAAGACGGGGGCACAUUCAUGGACGUGCUAGACGAUGAAAAUUCUUCAGGUGACGAAGGUGAGAUCGGCCCAGACCUCAAGGUCGGCGUGAAAAAUGGCAAGAGGAAAAACCCAGAUAUUGACUUUGCUGGAUCUUUUCGAGGCCCAAAGAAGAGAAAGAGGAGAGACGUCAAAAACAGCGCGCUGUUUGUGGCUGCUGAAGAGUUUGGCCACUUGCUGGAUGAAAACAUCGGGUCCCAAUUUGACAACAUCGGUCUGAACGCCCUGGCUAACAAAGAUCGUGCACAUAUCAAACAGCUUCGCUGGGAAGCAGAGCGAGACGACUGGCUUCACGACAGGGAUGUGAAGAGCAUCCUCAAGAAGAAGAAGAAGAAGAAGUUCAAACCACAGGGCCUGAAAAACAGACAGAGGGGCAGAAAACAAAGAAAAUGAAAUGCCUCUUUUAAAAAGGGGAAUCAUCGCAGACUUUGAAAGUUGCCUACUCACUACUAGUUUUUGUCGUUCAACCACUUUUCUUCAUCUCUCUCUCUGAUUCCGUGAAUCCCGGACCAUUCGUUGGAUUUGUAGUAAACUAUAACAAGAGAGUUUCUUGUAAAGAAA